AAAAAAAAAAUCUUUUCAGUAGAAGAUUUCGAUUAGAAAUAGGCUACUGGCUGAUUAAUUGUUACCCCACUCUUAGGAAAGAAUCUGUUUGUGUUCUAAAAAUGUUAUUUGGACUGCCAUUACUGAUUCUUUUAUACACAAAUUACAGAGUGGAGAGUUCGCCUGUGAUCUUCAGUGCGUUUGAUGAGGAUGGACCUGAAGAGGCUUGGGAAAAGCUGGAGGCGCUCAUAAAGACUUCAUCUGAGGGAGACUGGCAUUCUGAAGUGUCUAUCGUUUCUAGCCUGUCUGAGACCAAAGAAAUGAGUCCAUGGCUCUCACAAAAAUUGCAACAGGUUGUAUGGGCCCCUCAAAAAUGCAAAAAAUUGCUCCAUUGGUGUCUGAACAGCAGGUUCCAGUGGUCCCUGUGCAACCUCAACAGCAGGUUCCAGUGGUCCCUAUGCUACCUCAACAGCAGGUUCCAGUGGUCCCUGUGCUACCUCAACAGCAGGUUCCAGUGGUCCCUGUGCUACCUCAACAGCAGGUUCCAGUGGUCCCUGUGCUACCUCAACAGCAGGUUCCAGUGGUCCCUGUGCUACCUCAACAGCAGGUUCCAGUGGUCCCAAAACCACUCGACCUCCCUGAGUUCAACGUGGUCAUGUCCCCCAUCGGCAGCGGCGUGUUCAAACCGGAGGUGGGCACCAGAGCUCUACCUGAACCGGUGAAGCAAAUAUUCCUGCCCCCGGCGGCCACAACUGCCCCACCUCCCCAGUAUGGCAACGUGGAUGCUCUUUGCCACUUGGACCGCAUGUACGUGAGGAUCAAGAAGGAGCUCUUCAGCAAGCCGGGGGACGCCUGGCAGUACCUGAAGAUUGGGACAUGUGAAGUUAACCAGGCCACUGCUGACCACUACUACUUCCUCUACUACUUGAAGGGCUGUGGCUUAAAAUAUGAGGAGAAGGAGGACUACUCAACGUUUUCCAACACGCUCACCUACAACCCUCCUUCCACGGGGCCAAUCCUCAGAGAACUGCCGUUUUCUGUCAACGUGCUUUGCAAAUACUACAAACACUUCUAUGCCUAUGCGCACGGUUAUCAUCCAGAGCUUAGAGCGGGCACUGUGUUUGCUCCGCUGUUCCCGUAUUCCCAGUUCACCCUCAGACCAUAUGAUGAUAAAUGGGAGCCGCUCAAGCCUUGUCACCGCUUUACCAUUGGCAAGCCGAUGUAUUUUGAGGCCAAAGUGCCACCAACCAACGGUGCCGUGCGGACCUACAUCAACCAGUGCUUUAUCACUCCCACCAGUGAUCCCAACGCCAACCCCAGAUAUACUGUGAUUGACAACAAUGGAUGCAUGGUGGACAGCAAGGCAAGUACAAGCUCCAAAUUCAUUCCACAUGCCGAUAAGACCGCUUUAAGAUUCUCUAUCGGGGCAUUUGUCUUCAGGGACUCUGCUGCGCUGCCUACAGGAGGAAGGGCUCUCUACCUGCAUUGUGAAAUCAUUAAAGGACCAGUGACCCCCAGCCCUAGUCUGAAGUCCUGCACCUAUUGCAAUAAAAAGUGGACGGAGCUCUAUGAUAAUACGACCUCUGUGUGCUCCUGCUGUGAGGCCACAUGUCCCUCUGCUGUGCCGGCAGACUCCAGGAAAAUGGUCUCUAGUGACCCGUGGAAGUUGGCUAUGGCAUCUGAAGCGCGGCUUGAGAAGGCGGCGGCUGUUCCGGACCUCAUAGAGGCAGACGACUUGGUCGAUGGAUUUGAAAAGUACUGGGGCAGUUAAUAUCCUGAAGCACCAACUUGUGGAAGUUGAAAUAAAAUCUGUUUUUACAUUAA